AUGAUGUCGCUCCUGGAACAGCUGUUGCUGACAUUCUCGGCCCUAACAUCGACAACCUACAUCCUAGCUGUUCUUGCAGCAGUGGCGGCUGUCAUCUACUACAUCUACUCCAACGAUUCCCAUGACGACUGGCGCAGAUAUGGUGUCAAGUGCCCUAAGUUCCCAGCCUUCUUCUUUCUGGGAGACCUCAAGACCCAGAUAACCGAAGCCUUCCAGAAAUACGGAGAUACCAUCGGCCUCCCUGGCAGAGGCCGUUUGGUGCUGCUGACCACCAACUUUGACCUCCUGAGACAAAUCCUGAUCAAAGACUUCAAUAACUUCAUUGAUAGAAGUGAUCGGUUUCCGUCGAUAAGCCCAUUUGGGAAAUCUUUGUUUUUUGCAAAAGGUGCAGACUGGAAACGCCACAGACAAAUAGUGUCCCCAACUUUUGCUUCCGGAAAACUUAAAUACAUUUCAAAAUCUAUUGAGAAAUCCGCUGCGGAUUUGACAAAUUAUUUGGAAAAAGCCGCUAAAGAAGAUCAGAUUGUACCGAUCAAGGAGCUUGCUGGACAAUAUACUUGUGAAAUUAUCGCCAAAACAGCUUUUGGAAUUGAUGCUAAAUUUAUUGGCGAGAAAGACCCAGAAUUUUAUGAAUACGCCAAAAAUAUGCUUCAUUUGCCGAAUCGACAAGGAAUCUCGAAGCUGGUUGCUUUUCUGCUAUCCACAGUUCCCAAGCUAAUGGAUUUCUCCUUGAACGUGCUCAAACUUCAGUAUUUCGACGUGGUUGAUCACAAAGCUAACGAUUACUUUGGCGUCUCUUUGAGAAACACUAUGGCUGAAAGAAGACAGCUUCAGAAAAGUGGUUCAGCUAGGUCCCAUGUCGAUUUCCUAGACCUUCUUAUGAAAGCCAACGACGCAGCUGCGACCGGGAAUUUACCAGCGUCAGAGGAUCAAACCUGGGAGCAGCAUCAGGAUGGUAAGUCUGUCCAAGGGCUUUCUGAAGAAGAGAUGAUCGGCCACUCUAUGUUAAUCAUCUUUGCGGGGAUGGAGACGACUGCGACUACACUUCAAAUGUGUCUGGCAGAAUUGGCUUUGCAUCCUGACAUUCAGGAAAAAGUCUUCAAAGAAAUUACAUCUGUGGUAAAAAGUGAAACUCCGACACACGAGGAGCUGAACAGUCUCACGUACAUGGAACAGGUUAUCAAUGAGACUCUUCGGAUGUAUCCCCCAGUCUCUAUGGUAACGAGAAUAGCGAAAGAAACGAGGACUUACAACGGAGUCACCAUACCCAACGGGACUAUGGUACAGAUACCUUACUUUUACAUACUGAACGAUCCGAAGAACUUUCCAGAGCCCCAGAAGUUCGAUCCGAACCGCUUCUCUCAGGAAGAGAAGGAGAAGCGAGAUCCGCUUUCUUUCGCGGCUUUCGGGCAUGGUCCAAGGUUAUGUCUCGGCAUGAGACUCGCCAUCCUUGAACUCAAGCAAGGGCUGGUUCACGUUCUGAGGAAACUCAAGGUCGUUCUCAAUGAGAACACUGAGCCGCAGAAGGGGUCGAAUGAGAUCAAGUUCACACUUCGUGGACUUUUGACGCCAGAUAAAACAAUUUUACUGAGAUUUGAAUUGAGGAAAGUUGACAGUUAG